AUGUUAGAUACUGUAGUUCCUCGCCUCCAACUUUUUAUUGAUCAAGAAGGUGAUAACCAAUAUACUCCUGUAUUCCGACCUGGUGAAAAUAUUACUGGCACUCUCAAGAUUAUUACUGAGUUUCCUCUUCAAGUUUUACAUCUUCGUGUCAGUUUUUUUGGACAUGUACAACUUCACGGUGAUAAACGAGAAACACCAUUGACAACUGGUAUCUUUGACUAUCACAAAAAUAGACAACUUAUUAGUACUGGCAUUCGUAUUGCUAGACGACCUUCACCCGUGGACGACUAUAAUACAGCUCCAAAGGCAGAAAGUAGUAAAGAUGCGAUGAAAAGAUUAUCUUUAUCAACUCAAUGUGGACACCGUACUAUCAAUAAAUAUUCUACUGUGAACAAUAUCAGCGGGAUCAGCAAAAUGAGUGAUGGCAGUACUAGCACUUCUAAGGAUGAAAAAUCAGCAUUAAUCAAGGAAACGGAAGCCCUUAUACGAUUGAUUGCCAGCAAAGAAAAAUUACAAGACACAUUAAUCCAUCCAACAUUGAAAAACUUUGAUUAUCCAGCCUCCCAUGUUUAUGAAUUGACCAGCAAACACAACAAAUUACAAUAUCGUGUUCCUAUUCCAAAAUCAAAGUUAUUACCUGGUACAUUCCAUCAUCGUCAUUGUCCUAUUUCGUAUUAUACGAUUGCCAUCAUGUUAUGUAAGGAUUUGGAUUCAGAUACUUAUUAUGUGACAUACGCCAAAUCACCCAUCAUGUUCAAUCCACAGGUCAACGUUCUUUCGGCCACUUAUGCUGGUUUACUUCGUGAAAAUUAUCGACUCUCUCUAGGUAGCGACUCUCUUAUCGCACGAUUAUUGAACACUACUCAUCGUUAUCGUCAUCGUCACGCUCGCCCACUAUUAUUCAGAAAUUACUCAAAUCCCUCCUUCACAACCGGCAAGUCUUCUUCUAAUGUACCACUCAUCAACAAUAGUAGUGAUUUCUAUUCUAGUGGUUGUGUCGAUAACUCACAUGGUUAUAUAUCCAAAGGAGCAAUCUCCUCUUUUUCAUUUAUAAGUGAUUGGUGGUGUCGAUUAGUUCAACAACAUUCAUGGAUUCCUCUUGAUCGACAAGGAAAAUACGAUAAGGUUUUGGAUUGUACUUUGGAACUUCCUCGUCGAGCAUUUUGUCGUGGUCAAGCAUUACCAUUCUCAGUCAGACUUAUCAAUGGUGCUGGUAUCAGGAUUGCCAUGGUAACUAUUGAAAUGAAGUUGAUCCGACGAAUCAUGGUGACUUGUACUUUUGAAGAAACUGUGGCUACCGAUGUGGAAUUUGAAACAGCAAGCACAUUUUAUGGUGAUGAGGUCGAUGUACCUGGAUUACAUGAUAACAAUGAAUCAGUGAAUGGAACAACAGAACAACAACAACAACAACAAGAAAAUGAUACACUUACACCACCAUCUACACCUCCAUUAAAACCAGAAGAAAAAGAAACAACACGUGAACCUUUUUUUUUAUUCACCACCAGGGAAAUGCUAUUCGAUCUUUCAUCUGUGGCACAUGUACCUCAACAUUGUCCAUGUACCAUCAUGAGUGAACUGACAAGGGAUACUUUUGAAAUGACUUAUGAAUGGAAUGUCAAGGUCAAAGUAUUGGAAGCCAAGCAUGGACCUAGACUUGAUGCAAGUUUGGAUGAUCGUGGGGAUCACGUUACCAAGUAUUAUGCAACAAAGAAUCGAUCUCUUGAUAUUGGUGUUCUUUCUUCUGAUUAUCGAAUACAUGUCUUGGAACCUCCUAAAAUGAACAUAGUGAUAGGAAAUGUGGCUUGUAAAGUAUGA